UCUGCGGUGAUGUAGAGCUACCGGACAAAAAUAGACUCAGUGGGGUGGCUUGUGUUCGCCAAGUAAUAUCUUAGCUACGCACUACUAUUUGGGGAGUCACUCUGUAUCUUUUAGAACUUUAGCAGUUCCACCAACAUAUUUUAACAAAAUGGUUAUAAAAGUAUUUCUGGCUUCUUCAUCCGGAUCGACAGCGAUCAAGAAGAAGCAACAGGAUGUGCUUGGGUUCCUAGAAGCCCUAAAAGUCGAGUACGCUCCAUUGGACAUUGCCUGCAAUGUGGACAACCGCACGUGGAUGAGGGAAAAUGUCCCUGUUGAGAAAAAGCCCACCAAUGGGAUUCCCCUACCUCCUCAGAUCUUCAAUGAAGAGAGCUACUGUGGGGACUAUGAGACAUUCUUUGAUGCCAAAGAAGACAAUUCAGUGUAUGCUUUCCUCGGUCUACCACCUCCUCCCGGGUCCAAGGAAGCGCAACAGGCGGAAAAGGAAUUUAUCCUUCAGAAUGGGCCUGUUAAAAAUGGUACUGUUGAGAAAAAGACCACUGAAAAUGGAACCGUUGAGAACAAGAUAAUUGACAACGGAACUGAUGAAACCGAUACUGUUCAGAACAAGAUGGAUGACAAUGAGUUGGAUGAGAACAGGACUGCGGAUGCUGAGGUUGAGGAUGAGAACCAUGAAGCUGACAAACUAAAGGCCACAGCAGAGGAAGUAGCCCAGGAAGAAGAUGAGGAGGCUAAGGGAGAAGACGAUCAGGCUGUUUCUGAGGAGGAAGAAGAGCUACGACAGCUUGAGGAGCAAGAGGAGCCCGUCAGUGAGGUCGAGGACGAAGAAGAAGCCCUAGAGGUAACAGAGGACGAGGAAGAAGAAGUGGCAGAAGUAGGUGAAUCAGAGGAAGAAGAGGAUGAGUAGUUACAGCCAGGAAAGGUUUAAGGCGUGAUUUAGUACCGCACAGCCUGGAGAGAUCCCUUGUUCCGUCCCUUCCUGACCCCCUGAACCCAUCAGACCGUCCCCCACCCAUCCCACUACCCAUGAUGCCCUCAACUGCUCACUGAGAGCGCACAUGUCGCCCUACUGGAUCCUGCUUUCUGAUAUCUGCCUAUCACACACUGUCUGUACGGUCAACCCAUUCUCCAGCAAUAGCUCUAUCACUUUCCAGAUUUCCAUAUUGAGUAGGGAACUAAGACUAGCGAUGAUGUAUUUAUGUAUGUACAUUGUAUAACAUUGUAUAUACAAAGUAAGUUAGCUCAAUAAAUAUUAUUCUUUUUUUCAGGCAUUAUCGAAAUUUGGUACAGUCCUUGGCUGGCAUUCAAAAUAUUUUCCAUAUUUCUUUUUUGUAUCUAUAGGUGUAAAAUAAACCUUUCCUUGAGCAAACUAUCCUAAUUUCAAACUCCUGCAAAAAAGUUUUUUAUUCUAUAAACUGGAAAUAAUGAAUAGUUACUGAAAAAUAACUCAUGUAGUUUUUUUCAAUAGCCCUCUAUGGCCUAGUUAAGCCUUUAAUUCAUAUUUAUUUUCAAACUAAAACAGUUGGCUGGAGAUUUAGUAACUCUAAGAUUUGUCUGAAAUCCAAACAUUUUCAGGCAUUGGCAUCACCAUGGUUUUCAACUGUAAACUGUCAACUCCAUCUCCCUAAGGAAUAUCCAUUUUGGUUCAAAUAUGUUUGUUUUAAUUAGGUUUUAAAUUCAGGAUUCAAUCAAGGACAAACAAUUUGCUAAUUUGAAUACCACCUAAAAUGGCAACUCUAUAAAACACCUACUCUGUCAGUGCUGGAAGAUCUAAGAAUUGUUGUUUUCAUUGCAGAUUUUCAAAUGAACCUUUUUAUAUUUUAUAUAUAUAUGUAUUGAACUUUUAUUAUUAGAGGCAAAAUAUCUGUGAGUAUGUGUAGGGGUUAUGCAAGCUACAUAUGAAUCUUUUUCUUACAGAUACUUCCCAACAAAACCAAUUUCCCCCAACAGUAAUUCAUUUUGAGUUUUAGUGUUUUAGCAUCACCUAUCAAACAAAACAAAAUGUCAGUGUCUCUAGUAAAAUUUGAGAAUUG